UUAUUUUGGUGGCUGUAGCCGGAAGUGUUUUAAAUGUACACACUUAAACUUUGUGCUUUACUGACGCUGAUUGACUGCACGAAGUGAACGCUGUUGACUCUGCAGAUUUGAGGAGAAACGGGGACUCAGACAGCAGAGAGAUGUGGUGGGUCCUGUGGGUGCUCGCCGCCCUGCUGGCUCUCUUCUGCAGUCUGGAUGUGUGGUACUUCCUACGGGCAGCGGUGGUGAUCCUCCGGGCCUGGUUCCAACCUCCGGUCUUUGACAUCACAGCAGAGCAGGUCCUAACAGGCCGAGUCACUCCCCAUGACAUUGACAUGUGCCACAUGAACAAUGCCCGUUACCUCAGAGAGUGUGAUUUCGCCCGGUUCUCUCUCUACACACGUAACGGUGUAUUCAAAGGAGUUCGAGCCCUCGGCGCUUCAAUGGUUGUGGGGGCCACCACCAUUCGUUACCGAAGAGCUCUGUGUAUAGGUGAGGGGUACGAGCUGCGGAGUCGGAUCGUCACUUGGGAUGACAAAGCCUUUUUCCUGGAACAGAGAUUUGUGUCAACAAGAGACGGGUUGGUGUGUGCCAUCAUGUACUGCAAGCAGAGUGUCAUCCGCAGCAGCCCAGACAAGAUCAUGCAGCACCUGUGUAAAAGGAAGGUGGAGUGCCCUGAGUUUCCAGACGACCUUCAGCACUGGGUCAACUUCAUCUCUGCCAGCAGCCAGACCCUCAGGGCAGAGAGUGGACUAGAGGAAAAGAACAAAUGAGGCAUUGCAUGGACAGCUAUUAAGACUGGCUUUCGUGAGACAUCUAAUACACCAGCUCAGGAUUCAAAGUCUUCUGAGAGAGACAUUUGUCAAUCCACUUGACCUGAACACACUUGUGCCUACUUUACUCGUGAACUUUGCUUAGACCACAAUACUCAUGCCAAACACAAGAAAAAAACAACAUACUUCAUGGUUCUGAGAGGCUGCUAAAGGCCAUGAAUAAUCUUUACUUAUACACUAAUAAGAAAGUAAUAUGAUUGUAUAAAGUAUGUGUUCAUGUACUACAGAAGCACUAAAACAAAUAAAAUUUGAACUCCUGUUGAUGCA